AUGUUUCCAAACAAAUCAGAAAAUGACCUGAUGAGACAUUUGCAGAAUUCGCAUGGAGAUAUAAAUUCUGCAAUAUCAUCAAUUUUGAGCGAUGAUGGUAUGUAUAAAGGUCUAAAGGCACAAUGCGACUAGUCGUAUACGAUUGCCAUGCUGGUCAGCUGGUGUAUGAGAACGCCAGUGUAACUAACCAGCUAGUAAUGUUUAUACCUGUAUAAUUAUAGAAAUUACUCAGGUUACUGUAAUAAAUGUGGUGGAAGAGGAAUCUAGCAAAUAUCCUGAUUCAAAUGAAGGAAGUAAGUUGUAUAUGUAUUGCUAGUGCUAGUUAUGUCUGAACUCUCAUAUUGAACUCUCUGAACUUUAAUUAUGCAAAAGGAGAAAUAUUUUUGAACAUAUCUAGCUCAAUGAGGACUCAGGUGAUAAUCUUCAAAUUUUCAUCUAUGCAACUGGUUCAUUAUGUACAGUACCUGAUGGAUGCAUUGAACAUUACAUAGAUUUAUUCAGCUUUAUGGUGACAUUGUAUUAUGUAGAGGUUCACAUGUUCCUUGCAUGAUACUGUACUGUAAAUAUCGAUCUUAUUGUUACUGCUGUAAAACAAUAGUAACCCCUUUGAUUACUUUUAUCUUUCUGGUAACAGAGUGUGGGCAUGCUGUGGUUGUCACCCUAUAAAUGACUCCUGGUUGACCGUGAGGCACAUCUGAAGUUUUCGAGGGCUAACCCUAAUCUCAAACAACUUUGUUAACAUUCCCUGUGAGAGGUAGAAACCUGAGUAUAGCUAGAGUGACAUCAAUGGCUUUUGGUAAACUCUUCUUACAUGAGUGUCACGAGCAGCAAGAAUCAAACAUACAGUACUAUCUCAAAGCUUAAAGGCCCAAAAUUUGUUACUGUACAUUAGUAGCUCACAUGCAGUUUUCAUGGUCAUGCAAAUUGCUACCUAUGACCUAAAUUUUUGUUAAUGUCUACGUAAACUUUCGAGUGUCUGCAUAAUUCUUCUUUUCAAUUACUUCGGUUUAAGGCAAGUUAAACACAAUUUGCUUGUGAUGUUACUCUGAGUGUAUAUCCACACCGGGCAGGCUUGAAAUAUAUGCCUGGCCACGGUGGGAAUCGAACCUACGACCUUAGGAAUACUAGCCCAAUGCUCUGCCACGUAGCUCAGUUGGUAGAGCAUUGGGCUAGUAUUCCAAAGGUCGUAGGUUCGAUUCCCACCGUGGCCAGGCAUAUUUUUCAAGCCUGCCCGGUGUGGAUAUACACUCAGAGUAAUAUCACAAGCAUCUUAUUCACCUGAGUACAUUACACCAACACAGCAAAUAUCAUUAAACACAAUUGUAUCUUGUUAUUUUCUUUUUAGUUGCUUACCCUCUAAAUACUGUGCAAAUGCCUGCACAUGCAGCCUGUUCAAUGUAUAGACGAAAUAUAAUUAAAGUGAGUUCAAACAGACCAGAACUAAUUAUUGACUGAAAGUCACCUGCUCUCAUUCGCAACCUCUUUAAAAAACUUAAGAGAGGAGAACUACAGCUUUGCGAACCGCCUGAUGUAACGUUUGUUGGAGAAGAAGGAAUUGAUGCAAAAGGUUUAACAAAAGAGUUGGCAUACAUGAUUGUCAAAGGCCUAAGAGAAGGAAAUAAAGGCUAUAUGUUAUUUGAAGGUCAAGCCAAUCAUAUGUUGCCAAUUCACUGUGAGGAACAUGUUCAAAGUAAGCUGUUUGUAUAUGCUGGUCAGUUAAUUGCAUUUGCCUUCCUGCAUGGUCACAUUGGUUUUCCUGGAAUGUCUCGAGCUCUUGCAAAGUAUAUUGUCUCUCGAGAUCUAAAAGAUGCCGUACCUCAUAUAUGUAUUCAAGAUAUUCCAGAUAUCAAUACAAGAUUACUUGUCAAGGAGGUGAGUACAAGACUGAGAGAAAUAUAUAAACUAGUAGUUACUAUUGCAAGAACAUUGCUGCCACACACUUGACGCUCGCAAUAGAUACAGUACAUCAGAUCGAUAUUUGAAUGAUGCAACCAUGCAAAGUGGAAACGUAACACCCGAGCCGUUUAAUGUACGUUUAUUAUUCCGUUUAUUAUGUUUGCUAAUUGGAAUGAAAGUUAAUUUAUAAUGACGCUUGCUCGUUAAAAUUUUUAGCGCAAGGUAUAAUAACACAAAAUAUCUAAUUAAACAUGCCUGUGCAAUAAAAGAUAUUGUUUGCAGCCACAGGAUGUAAAUCUCGACCAAGCCCAACAUUAUACCCAGGGCUUCUAGGUAAGAGGUUGAUAGAUUACACUCUGGAGUGGACUCUGGCACGUCAAUAAUAGUGUGCCACCUCUCAGCAACCUGUUGCAAAGGCUGAUUUCCACUGUUACGUUUUUCAUACGUACGUAUACGCACGUGAAACUUUAAAUCCGUUUAAACGUUACUUGUGAAAUAACUAAAUAAAUAAAGCAACAGAAUUUAGUGUUCCGCAAGUUUUAGUAUGCAUUUGUUAACUUAUUUGUAAAAUAUUUAAAAAAUAGAAGGAUUCAAAAGUUUUACGUACGUGUAUGUGUGUACGAAAAACGCAACAGUGGAAAUCAGCCUUUAUAUUGUUAAAACUAUAACAUGCAAUAAAGCAUGCAUAAAGGUGAUAUAUUAGAUUAGGUGUGUACUCUUGUAAAUCCUAAAAAUCAAGCAGCAAUAUAAUUAAGGGGAUCUCUAUCAAUAUAAAUUAAUUGCUCUAUGCUUAUGAAUAUUAUUGAUGAUGAGGCUGUGUAAAAUCUUUUUUAUCAUGAUGAGAUUACCAAAUAAUAUCAUAGACUCAUUGCAUUUAAUUAAUAUGCAUACUAUAGAUUGAAAAUGCAGAAACAAAGGAAAAACUGGAAGAGUUAUAUUUACGUGACGAAAUGCAGAAUCUCCUUGCUCAAGCUGGCUUUACAACAGAGUUUCUUUCUCCCACAAAUAAGGACAGAGCUAUUCAAGACAUCCUUGUGCACACAAUUUUUAAGUCUCGCCGAGAGGAAAUUGAAGGUUUACGUGAAGGGAUGGAUGCCUUGCAUUUGCUAGAUUUCCUUCGUGUUAGCGAAGUGUCUAUCCCCAAAGUCUUUCCACUUGAUUCCGAAAUAACAUUUUCAGCAACAGACGUCAUUAAUGCAGUCAAGCAUGAUGAAGGUAGCAGUCUUUCUGGGCACCAGCAUAUGGUUAUUGGAUGGUUUAUUCAGUGUAUUAAAAUGUUACAAAAAGGUACGUACAAUAAGUUGCAUAUUGUUCUUUGCAGUAAGCAUUAUAAUGAUUUAGAAAUUAGAAUCACAAUAAAGAACAUUGUCAUUGAAGAAAAGCAACAGACCAAAUGGCCAAUCAGUUUAAAGGCUUUUAAUGGUAGUCAGCUUUAGGUGUCGCAAAUUUUCGGCAGCCUAGAGUGUUAGAGUGACAGUUGCAUGAUUGUUACUAUUGUGGCGUAUUUAUUGGAAUUUAACUGGCGUGUCAUGCAGCCAUAUUCAUGCUGUUCACGUGCCAAUUGUGAGUUUAAUUUCACCUUUUGAAAACGGUGCAAAAACAGGGAAUGUUUUCCACCCUAAACAUAUUAAUGCGGAUUGGAAUGCAAGGUAAUGUGUUGUACAAACUUGGAAUAAUUGUGUUUUUACACAUGUAGAUGAAAAUGAUGCUGUAACUGAUGACACUGCCACUGGCGAGGGAAGUGAGUUACAAAGUGCACCUUCUUUAAAAGAAUUUGUUCUGUUUAUCUUUGGCCAACCAGUUCUGCACAUGGAAAUAAAAGUGAAAUUCACGAAUGGUUACUUUCCUGACCCUGAUUCGUGCUUUGGUAUAGUAAGCCUUCCUUUGAUGCACACGAACUAUGACAAUUUUUGUAAAGCAAUGAACGUAGCAAUCAAUUCUCAGCAUGUUGGUUAUGGGAGAGGGUAG